AUGGAUCUUCAAGGAACUCCCAUCGCUCCCGGUCCCCGCAGCACUAAGGUCACCACAGACCCCCGUGCUACUCAACAACCCAUCGAAGAGCCCGCAGGUCCCGUCCCGACCGGCUCCCUUGCAGCUGAGUCCGUCCGCCAAGGUGGCACAUUCAGCCAGAACCGCGGUGCCCAGCCAGAGGACUUCUCCUCGUCCAACCUCAAGACCACCAACUCCGCCUCCCAGACUCUUCCCUCCGCCCCAGUCGGUGGCAUCCGUGGCAACCCCGAGGCACAGCAAAAGUACCCUGAAGCUCUAGGUGGACAGGGCAAAUUCCCAGGCACCCACAUCAGCGGCUACGCUGGAGGCUCUACUGCCGCGAAGCAGGAUCUGGGUAUCAAUGCCGGCAACCAGGCCCACGCCAGUGGCAGCAGCCAGUACAAUGGUGGUCAGGCUCCAUCAUACGUGGCUGAUGUGACCGACGGAUACCAGCACUCUAAGCCUGAUGGCCGGAACCUUCAUGAGGGCGGUUUUUCCUCUGGUGAUGCCAAUGCUAGCUUCGACGCUGAGCUCGGCUCCGAGCAGGACCCUGGUCGUGCUGCCAUCAACAAAUUCCAACAUGGAAAUGCUAAGAGUGCAUAUGAUUCCGGAGUUCCUCGUCAGAAGGGAGUCAACUCCCAGACUCCAUAUGACGUUUUGGAGACUGAUCAGCGUGCUUAA